AAAAAAAAAAAAAAAAAAAGUGCUUUGUAACAACGUUAACGAAAAAUGAAUAAUCUUGAGCUGACAUGCUAUUAUUUUUGAUAAAGUGUAAAUCAUCUGAAACGCUGUAAGAAGACGCAUGGGUUUAAAGUCGCAGGCAUUCUAAAUCGCUCUUGAGAAAAAAAAUAAAAUAAAAAGACUACAUAAUUAAGUACGAGUGCAGAUAUAAGUAUAACUGAUUUGAGAGCAUUUAUUAUCAAUAUAUAAAAAAAAAAAAAAAAAAAAAAACAUCAAUCAAGACUGAAAACACAUACCAAAUUAUUGUAUAAAACCAUGAGGACUAUUGGCGCAGUGGACUAUUUAUGCUUCUGGCUGAUCAUCCUACAGCUCUUGCUGAGUCAGGCAUCUGCUAAGCAAGUACUGCGAUAUCGGCUGGCCGAGGAAGGACCGUCUGAUGUUCGGAUAGGAAACGUAGCCUCAGACCUGGGAAUCGUAGCUGGUUCUGGUGAGGUCACUUUCACUCUGGAAUCAGGAUCAGAUUAUUUUAAAAUUGACAACAUCACAGGGGAGCUGAGCACUAAUGAACGAAGAAUCGACAGAGAGAAAUUAGCACAAUGCCAAAUGAUAUUUGAUGAAAACGAGUGCUUCGUAGAUUUCGAAGUGUCUGUAAUAGGUCCGUCUCAAAGCUGGGUUGAUCUGUUUGAGGGAAAGGUGAUCAUUUUAGACAUAAAUGACAACACUCCGACUUUCCCAUCCCCUGUACUAACUUUGUCUGUGGAAGAGAACAGACCUAUAGGUACACUGUACUUGCUGCCCACAGCUACUGAUAGAGAUUUUGGCAGGAAUGGAAUAGAGAGGUACGAGCUUAUACAGGAUACUGGGGAUACGGGUAGACGAUCUUCUGGGGGUCGUACAGACAACGGGGAUAGCUAUUCAGGAAAAAGAAGGUUUGAUGCUGAUGGGGUAGGGAGAAGCAGUGUUUUUGAACUGCAAGUUGCUGACACUACUGAUGGAGAGAAGCAACCGCAACUGAUUAUUAAAGGUGCACUGGAUAGAGAGCAGAGUGACUCUUAUGAACUAACACUUCGUGUCAGAGACGGUGGCGAACCCUCUAGGUCCUCCCAAGCUAUCCUCCGGGUUUUGAUUUCUGAUGUGAAUGACAAUAGCCCUCGUUUUGAUAAAAGCAUCUAUGAAGCUGACUUAGCAGAGAACAGCUCUCCUGGGACACCUAUACUACAGCUAAAAGCCACAGACGCAGAUGUUGGGGUAAAUGGGCAAAUAGAGUAUGUAUUUGGCGCAGCCACAGAGUCAGUACGCAGGCUGCUUCGACUCGAUGAAAAUUCAGGCUGGUUAAGUGUUUUGCAUCGCAUAGAUAGAGAAGAAGUAAGUCAGCUACGCUUCACAGUAAUGGCAAGGGACAGAGGGCAGCCCCCCAAAAAUGAUAAAGCCACAGUUGUCUUAAACAUCAAAGAUGAAAAUGAUAAUGUACCAGUAAUAGACAUCAGGAAAAUUGGCCGAAUACCUUUAAAAGAUGGGAUAGCUAAUGUAGCAGAAGAUGUGGUAGUAGAUACCCCUAUAGCUUUAGUACAAGUGUCAGACAGGGAUCAAGGGGAAAAUGGGGUAGUUACCUGCACAGUGGUUGGGGAUGUCCCAUUCCAGCUAAAACCUGCAAGUGAAAUAGAAGGAGAACAGAAUAAAAAAAAAUAUUUCUUGCACACUUCUGCCCCACUGGACUAUGAAGGUACACAGGAAUACAAUGUUGUCAUUGUAGCAGUAGACUCUGGAAGUCCUAGUUUAUCCAGCAAUAAUUCAUUGACUGUAAAGGUUGGAGACACCAAUGAUAACCCACCGAUAUUUAGUCAAAAUGUGGUCGAGGUGGCGUUUGCUGAAAACAAUGCACCAGGAGAAAGAGUGGCUACUGUGGCUGCAAUAGAUGCAGAUAGUGGUAAAAAUGCUGAGAUUGCUUAUUCUCUCGACCCCUCUGUAUCUGGGAUAUUUUCUGUAGACCCAGAUUCAGGUGACAUCACAGUGAAUACUGUUUUGGAUCGAGAAGAGACUGAAAUAUAUACAUUUAAAGUGAUUGCCAAAGACAAAGGCAUUCCUACUCUCCAGGGAUCUGCUACUGUUGUGGUAAAGGUAGCAGACAAAAAUGACAAUGAGCCCAGAUUUAUGCAGGAUGUUUUCACCUUUUAUGUGAAAGAGAAUCUACCACCUAACAGCCCCGUUGGGAUGGUUACAGUAAUGGAUGCUGACAAAGAUCACAAUGCAGAAAUGAGCCUCUUCAUUGAAGAGGAGGAGGAUAUUUUUUCCAUUGAAAAUAGUACUGGAACAAUUUAUUCCACCAUGUCUUUUGAUAGGGAGCAAAAGACCACCUACACCUUUAGGGUCAAGGCAGUUGAUGGCGGAGAUCCACCAAGGACUGCUACAGCGACAGUAUCUUUGUUUGUGAUGGAUGAAAAUGACAAUCCGCCAACCGUUACCUUCCCUAGUAAUAAUUCAUACACCCUCCUGCCACCAUCGAGCAACAUGCGAACGAUUGUUGCUACAGUAUUGGCAACUGAUAGGGAUACAGGAAUUAAUGCUGAUUUAAACUAUAGUCUGGUCGGGGGAAACCCAUUUAAACUGUUUGAGAUCGACACAGAAAGUGGUGUAAUUUCCUUGGUUGGGAAAUUAGCUCAAAAGCACUAUGGUCUGCAUCGACUGGUUGUACAAGUUAAUGACAGUGGUCUACCUGCCCAGUCCACAAUAUCUCUUGUCCAUGUAUACGUUAAUGAGAGUGUGUCCAAUGCCACAACUGUGGAAGCCCAAAUCUCAAAGAGCCUACACACAUCUUUGACACAAGACAUUGCAGGUGAUCCAAGCAAUGAUUUAGGGAAGCAAAGACUUAGCAUAGCAAUUGGUGUGGUAGCUGGCAUUAUGACUGUAAUCCUUAUAAUACUGGUUGUGGUCAUGGCACGAUAUUGUAGACCAAAGAAUAAAAACGGAUAUGAAGCUGGUAAGAAAGACCAUGAAGAUUUUUUUACUCCACAGCCGCAUGAUAAAAAUAAAAAGCCUAAAAAGGACAAAAAGAACAAAAAAUCAAAGCAAGCUCUGUACAGUAGCAUUGUAACCGUUGAAGCUUCAAAACCUAAUGGACAGCGAUAUGACAGUGUCAAUGAGAAACUGUCAGACAGCCCAGGCAUGGGUCACUAUCGAUCUGUAAAUGGAGGCCCAGGGAGUCCUGACCUGGCAAGACAUUACAAAUCAAGCUCGCCUCUGCCAACAGUUCAGCUUCACCCACAGUCACCAACUGCUGGGAAAAAGCACCAGGCUGUGCAAGAGCUGCCCCCUGCCAACACUUUUGUAGGAACAGGAGAUAAUAUUUCCAUUGGAUCUGACCACUGUUCUGAGUACAGCUGUCAAACCAACAACAAGUACAACAAGCAGCCAUUUCGCAGAGUGACGUUUUCUGUGGUGAGCCAGCCUCAGGACCCAAACCAGGGAUCAUUGCAGAGUUGCUAUGAUAGUGGAUUGGAAGAAUCGGAGACGCCCAGCAGUAAGAGCUCGUCGGGUCCCAGACUGGGUGCCCUACCCCUCCCAGAGGACAACUAUGAGAGGACUACGCCAGAUGGCAGUGUUGGUGAGGCAGAGCAUAUGGAAAAUGAUUCAAGGACAUUGCCAGAUGUAGCCAUGACAGGGAAGUGCACCAGGGAAUGCAAUGAAUUCGGUCACUCAGAUUCCUGCUGGAUGCCUGUCCGAACUUCUCCGGAAAGAAGACAGAAGAAUCAACCAAAGCUCUCAACAUUUAUGCCCACAACCGAACAAGGCAGCCAGGAACAACUCGCUAAUGGAGACCCCCCUCUCAUGGCUGAUCGCAACAGAAACCUUCCGAACAACAAGAUGCCAUCAUCUUAUGAGACCUUCAGCACGGCCAGUUUCAGCAACAAUGAGGAUGCCAGGCCAGAGGAUAUACCUCUUACACAAACAGGAGAAUACAAGCCAUCUCCUGUUAAUACACUUACCAGAAGGGAAGUGUACCUGUAAGAUGAUAUAUUUACUCCCAAAAUUGAAAAAUAAGAAUUUUUUAAAUAAAACAACCUUAAAGCUACUAAUGAGACAAAACUUGGCGCUGUUGCAGACAAAUCCGGCACUGAAAUUUAUGCUGCCUGAUUGUAGUGUACAUUGUAGAAUUCAUUUUCAUAACUUGCAUGCCUAAUCUCGCUCAAAUAUUUUAUUGUAAAUUGACAGUUGGAAAUGAGUUUAACAGAAAUUGAGACUGAUUGAGAUGUACGCAAUGCAACAUUGAUAGCGACAGGAGCCAAGCAGGGUUUGUUAAUAUUUCGUCAAACCUGAUGGAGAGGACAGGUCAGUGAAAUAUAAUCAGAAUUUGUCAUUGGAAUAUAUAUAUAGACCAUGAUGAGAAUGCCACUAAAAAAAAAAUUGAGAAAAAAGCAUGACAUCUUCAUAAAUACGUUAUCACAUCCAAUAAGAACUCCAAGAAGACACAGCUUUAAUCACGUGCCCCAAGGCUUAAGACAUUGUCACAAAUUGGUUUACCCUUGUCACUUACAAUGAAAUUAUACUACAUGGGCAUUGGGCUUUCUAUGAAAGCCAAGAAGUUAAUUAAUACUACUUGAUAAGUCAGGUGGCACUGCUGCUAUGUAAACAGUCAUACUUGGAGAAGAGUUGUUUUUGUGUG